AUGAUGAUCAUCCCACUGAUUUGGUUGGCCGUCUUGAUCGGUGUGGUAGCGCUGUACUUCCGCCGACUGUACUCCAGCUUCAGCCGACAAGGCAUCAAACACCUCAAGCCAGUGCCUUUGUUCGGUAAUAUGGCCAAAAUGCUAAUGCGCACCGAACAUUUCUGCGACCAUAUUGUCAACCUCUACCAAAGCUUCCCUGAGGAACGGUUUGUUGGAAGAUACGAAUUUGUGAAGGAGAUAAUUUUCGUUCGCGACCUCGAACUGAUUAAGAAGAUGACGGUGAAAGACUUCGAGCAUUUCCUCGACCACCGGUCUAUAUUCAGCACCAGCGAUUCUUACUUCUCCAGGAACCUCCUCUCUUUGCAAGGUCAGGAAUGGAAGGACAUGCGCUCCACACUGAGUCCAGCGUUCACAAGCUCCAAAAUGCGUCUGAUGUUGCCCUUCAUGGUGGAAGUUGGAGAUCAGAUGAUGCAAAUGCUUCACCGGAAUAUCAGGGAAUCCAAAAAUGGCUCCAUAACUGUGGACUGCAAAGACCUAACUAGCCGCUACGCUAAUGACGUCAUUGCAACCUGUGCCUUUGGUCUGAAGGUGGACUCUCAGAUAGACAAGACCAACAGCUUCUAUAUGCUUGGCAAGGAGUCUUCUGAUUUCGGAUUCCGCAAAAUGAUGUCCUUCCUCAUCGUUUCCAAUGCACCGGCUUUAGCAAGGCUAUUGAAGUUGGAUUUCCUCUCGGAGGCAUGCAAGCAAGGGUUCAAAAAAAUUGUGCUCGGUACGAUGGAGGAUCGAGAAAUGAAGAACAUUAUCAGACCAGACAUGAUUCAUUUGUUAAUGGAAGCUAAAAAAGGUAAACUGACCCACGAUGAUGUUAAAACAAAUGAUGUCGCUGCUGGAUUUGCUACUGUUGAAGAAUCAGCUGUAGGGAAGAAAUCAGCAGAUAGAGUAUGGAGCGAUGAAGAUCUUGUUGCUCAAGCAGUCCUCUUCUUCAUUGCUGGAUUUGAAACUGUUUCAACUGGAAUGAUCUUCCUACUCUACGAGCUAGCUGUAAAUCCUGAUGUACAGGAGCGGUUGGCGCAGGAAAUCAAGGAGGUUGACGCUAAGAACGGCGGCAAGUUCGACUUCAACUCCAUACAGAACAUGGUCUACAUGGAUAUGGUGGUGUCAGAGGCUCUCCGUCUGUGGCCACCUGCAGUCAUUCUAGACAGAAUGUGCACCAAGGACUACAACAUGGGCAAACCUAACCCGAAAGCUGAGAAAGAUGUCAUUCUCCGCAAAGGCACUGGGGUUUGGAUCCCGGCAUAUGCCUUCCACCGCGAUCCUCAAUACUUCCCCAACCCAGACAAGUUCGACCCUGAGCGCUUUUCAGAAGAAAACAGGCACACCAUCAACCCGUUCGCUUACAUGCCCUUCGGUGUUGGACCUAGGAAUUGCAUUGGAUCAAGAUUUGCGCUUUGCGAGAUAAAGGUUAUGGUGUACCAGAUCCUCAAAGAGAUGGUGCUCUCCCCAUCAGAGACGACCUGCAUACCAGCUAAGUUGUCAAAAGACACAUUCAGCAUGAGGCUGGAAGGAGGUCACUGGCUGAAGUUCUCCCCAAGGAAUUAG